AUGGGUGAGGAGGAUGAGGCUACUAGCAGUGAGGAGCAGUCAGUCACUCGCUGCGAGGUGGCUGAAGGAGGCGAGGACGAAAAGGAUGAGUGUACUUCAGCUGUCAGUGAAGGUAAAGCUGCUACCUCCUCUGCUAAUACAGGUAACCACAUUCUUGUGGUUGGUGAUUCACAGGUUAGAUAUAUGGACCGUGCUUUCUGUGACAGGAAUAAGAAGCCAGCUAGUGAGGAGGCAACAGCUGGUGCAGACGGAACAAUGAUGGCAGAGGAGCAAAAAUGGGUGCUGGAGGGCAUCAUAGUGGGCUUGGUGCAUAUCAAAACACUCACAGAGAAUUUUGACAAAGUCAUCAAGAAUCAAAUUGCUCGAGCUGCCUACAGGAAAGUCCAGCGAGCAUGCAAGGAGGCAGUGAGUGAGGAAGGUCAUCCAGUAUGGGAUGCAGAUUAUGACCACCACCUGGGAGCCACAGACACUACACACUACGGCAAGCCCUGCAUUAUCACAUUGCAAGAUGACACACUCACGGUGCAGGAGGGAGAAAGUAAUGUGCUGGUGGUGAGCCUGGAAUGUGUGAGUGUAGCCAUGACAGCCCCAGGGGACCUGUGUCGCUUGGUGCUUGUGGCAGCUCCUAAACAGCACGUCUUCACUCUGGGUCCUCAUGCCCACAACCUCGUCCUCAUCCUCACCGUCUCCUCCCUGCUGCUACUUGGAAAAUUUCUGAAUGCCAUGUGUAUCCUCAAUCCCAAGCUCAGAUGCCCGGGCGCUGAUGAUUCUUCUAGUGUGCCGCCACCCAAGCCACUGCGAGCAUCCCAAAGAAAAAAAUCCCGAGACUGUCCUUCUGAGGAGACUCAACAGCUGUCAGAAGAUGAACCCCCUAAACUAACUCGUAAGCUCUCUCAAAUAUUCCGAGAUAACAUGACAAAAACUCCGGGUUCGAACUCGGCGCAAGACCCGGGGUCGAACUCCCCGGCUCUGGACAAGAGUUCCAACACACCGGCACAAGAUGGGGAGAGCUGUGCCGCAGAAGUGUCACCAAAUUCGAAUGGACAUUAUCCUCUUCGAGGGCAGCUGAGUAAAACGCGAGCUCAGGACUGUAACUCGGGGUAUUACGAUGAGGUGCCGUCAGGACCACCAAGAAAGGUAUCGGAAGCAGAAUCGGAAGGAGGAGAAGAACUUGCCCAAAAUGUUGAACAAAGUGUUUAGCAUUAUGACCAAAGUAGUGUUGAACAAUCUGACCAUAAACUUAAUAAGAGUGUUUAAAGAGCUUGAGAGUGCAGAGAUAAAUUACAAUUAUAUUGAAUAAAAGUCACAAUAAAGUGUCUGGAAAAAAUUCAAUGAACCUACCCUUUGGAAAUGAAAACUGGACUAAGUUUCGAUCUGUCCGCGAGUGAGAAAAUAAAACAAAGAAGAGGCCAGAACAUUUAAAUUCCAAUUUGUGGGGUUGUCGUGACUGUUGCUUCGAUUUUUAUUAAUGUUCCACAGUAAUCCAAUGAUUAUACAGCAACAGAGGUAAUGAGAGUUAUUAAAAAUACAACACAAGGUCAGGAAGAAGCUUCAUUAAUCGCUUUCCUAAAUAUCGGUAGACUGUCCCUUAAAAGUUGAAGGGAAAGAGAUGCCUUCAUGAUAUUGAGGAAUCUUAUUACAAUGAAUUUAAACUACACUGCCCUUCCUUGGACCAUUUCCCAGACAUUGUACGGGAAAUAAUUACAAUAAUAAUAAUAAUAAUAAUAAUAAUAAUAAUAAUAAUAAUAAUAAUAAUAUAAUCGUUACAUUGGAUGCCCUGCUGUUCUUGCAUUACUAAAUGUUUCUGAUUGCUAAUUGCUUAUAUGCUUAAACAUGUGCAUUUAACUGCAUAUUAUGAUCCUGCCUUUAAGGGCUCUUGAUCCAUGGAAUUCGAGCUUUUUCCUUCCUUUCUAUUCUUCGGGAGCAGUAUGACCCCUACGGGUUUAACACUUCCCAUGAAUAUCUCCUAAUACUAAAAUUUACAAUAUGGAUUAGGCAUAUUUUUAUCUUCCCCGCCACAUGUUUAAGGCUUAAUAAAGGUGCUGUAAUUCAAUUUUGUGUCGUUUGUAUAUGUAUAUACAGCUGUAUUUAUAUUUAUAUACAUAAUGUUAAUAUAC